UGAAGAGUUCCCUUUCCCUUUUGUUGUUGAAACUUGUGUGGUCACUACAUUUAUCCUUGCUCUACUUUGUUCAGGGUUUUAUGCUUCCUGCUCCUGCUGUCUUUUUUGUAUUUCACUAGCCCUUGUUUGUAUCAGUGAUGUUUUGCACUUUUGAGGGACAGCAGUAUGCCAGUGUAUUAUUAGUUAUAAUAUGAAAUUACCUCUGUUUCUAUGUGGUUUCUCUGGGAUGUUUAUUUAUUGUAAAAUUGAAUUGUCUCAUUACUGGGCUUUUGAUAGUUGUUAUGUCCAUCAACAUAUAUGUUUUCAAUUACAGUUUACCGCUCUCUUGAUGAAUUUUUUGUUGUAGAAAUUGACCGGAGAGUUCUAUGGAAAGAAAUACAGCACAUAAUUGUUCUUCUGUUUUCUGUUUGAUCGAUAUAUCAGAAUUUUGUUUCACAGUUUUAUUUUUGAUCUAUUGAUAUUUGAUAAGCAACUAUCUUUGUUAAUUUUGGAAUGAAGAAAACUGUAUCAGUUGUUUUUUGCCAAACAUAUUUCCAGUAUUUUUUUCCCUUGUCUGAUAGACUGAUAGAAUGCCAAAAUAUGAAUGGUGUGGCAGGAAGGAAUAAUAAUAUCCUGGUAUACGGUACUCUGGGUAUCUUUACUGCAGCAAAAUUUUGACAAGAAAUCUAAACUAAAGAUCUCCCUGUUCCUUUAGCAAAUGCAUAUGGGGAGGGCAUAGCGACAAUGCCAUAUCUUUUAUUUGUGUAACAUUGAGUCUCUUUGAGGAUGAUGCGACAUUGCAAGUGUGAUUUUAUUUAGGGCCUGUGACGGGGCAUGUGAUGUUGCAAAUAUUGUCAGACCUUUGAAUGAGGAGUUUAGGACCCUUUUUAUCACUCUGUAAUGAGGUGCUGCCCUUCUUCUCACCCAAAAAUUGAGGUUUACAUUCUCCGGCAAGUGACCUUUAAAUUAUAACCCUAAUUGUCUACUUGUCCCUGAUAUUUAGAAUUCCUCCAUUUCAGCUCUUAAUCCCAUUUGAUACACGUUGCUAUGGAAUUUGGUACCCCUUUUUUGAUGAUAAAAUAAUAGAUUUGGAAUUAAGUUUUUGUUUGAUGAUGCUAAUUUCUUCUUCUAACAACCCUAGAUUCCAUGCCUAUUGACCUAAUUAGAUAAUGGUAUUUUGCCAGGCUUUCAUGUUCUUAAACCAAAUGUUAUGAUUUGAGCUCUUCUUAUUAUUAUGGAGAUGGUGCUACUAAUGAUUGGGGGGGGGGGGGGGGGGGGGGCAAGAAGACGGGGGGGUUUCUUGGCCUGCAUUAGUUGUUGACAAUUUUAAAUAAAGGUUUAGGUUUGCAGGUUGCUGCCCAAAUUUGUAGCAGAAUCUUCAGAGUUGCAGGACAGGGCACAUUGGCAUCACAUGCCUUCUGGCAUUGCCUGAUAUGGGUCAAUCUACGCCUUUCAAUUUCUUGAAGAAGAAGGCAUGGAAAGCUCAUCUGCAGUUCACAUUCCUGUGAGGUCCAUCAGCUUGCCUUCUAGGUUACAUCCAAACUUUCAGAUUAUUAUAUCAGAACUGAACAAGCUUAAAGCCUGGGAAUCAACAGUUCCUUCAGCAUCAGAGACAACUCAACUGGGCUUGGUUGGGGUUGCACAGUUGUAUAAUUGCUUACAGGAACUCAUUCACUCUCCCCUCACCCAGAAAGCUCUUCACCACCAUCAAUACUUGAACUUGGUCGAAGAGGCAUUUGAUGGGUCAGUUGAAUUGUUGGAUGUGUGUGGCAAUGCAAGAGACCUGUUCUUUCUGAUGAAAGAGCAUAUAAAUGAUCUUCAAUCGGCUUUGAGGAGAAAGGGUGGAAGUUCAAUCAUCGAGGGCAACAUUCAAGCCUACAUCAGCUUCCGAAAGAAGGUGAAAAAGGACAUCACCAAGUGCUUAAAAACAUUGAAGAGAAUGGAAACUAGUAACCUUGAAUCAUUUCUUGUCGUGAAUUCAGAUCAUCUGUCAUUUUUAGUGAAAGUGCUUAGAGAAGUAAGGGCAAUUACCAGGCCCAUGCUUAGGUCCUUUAUGCUAUUCCUUUCAGUGCCAGUGACGAAGACCAAGGCUAGUGGGUGGUCAUUGGUUUCCAAGUUAUUGCUAACAACCGAGAGAAGCCAGAAGAUGUUGAAUGAGUUGGGGGCAGUUGAUGCUGCUCUUCACACAAUUGGUGGACAAAUCAGAAGAAAUAAUGAUGCCAAGGUUGAUGUGCAAGAAGUGCAAAAGAGAUUGGGGAGACUUGAUGGAAGAGUCGAUGGCUUUGAGGCUGAAUUAGAUUGCUUGUUUAGAUGCCUAAUUCAGAAUAGAGCGUCUCUUCUUAAUCUUGUCACUCCUUGAAAAACUUCUCUGUACAUGUAUCCUGAUCAUGGCAUAUAUCCACAUUUUUAUAGGAUUUGUCUAUGUUUGUAGAAACUAAAUUUUGUAUGAGAAUCAAGAGCAAUUUUCCGUUGAAUAAUGUAAAAUUUAGUGGCAUGGUUCAUUUAUAUCCAGAAGAAUAUAAUCUUUAGGUACAUUGCAAGGACAAUGUACCUAUUGUUAAAUUAACAGUUGAGGAAGUGCACAAAAUUAGGAGACAUGAAAUCAAGUUGUCAGAUGGGUGAAUAACGAGGCAUGUGAUGCCCACUUCUUUUUUCUCUUCAUUGUUCUUGCGUUUCAAUUGUG